AUGAUGUCCAAUUGUCUCGUUUCUUAUCGACGCAGGGAAGUCGUGGCUGUCCUGAAUGAUUCAGGUGGGCUGGUCAGGGUGCGACCGUCGAGGACUGCAAGUCUCAAGCAAGGGCGUGUGUAGCUUCUCCAGGAUGGUCAAAAGAGUAUGGAAGGCGAAAAGUGCGGAUGAGUGGUGUUUGAAUGUCGGAGGAUCCCAAGCAAAGCCCAAAGGACAAGCAGGGCAGAUGGAAGGAGGAGGUGGUGGUUAGGGUCAGAAGGGCGGAGGAGGGCGGGGGGAAAGAAAGCUGCCGAUGGUGGAAGCGGAGACAGAUUGGGUGGAUGACUAUGAACGGUAUUUGUGGCAAAGCAUCAGGAGCUUCUGGGGAUUCUUGUGUGAGUGCCCGCGCGCAAGCGAGUCACGAGAGAUUCGUGAGAGCACUUGCUGCUUCUGUAUAUCGAUAGGUGGAUGAGCCGGGGGAGCAGUGCUCAAUCAAUCUCUGCGCAAAUUGAGGUGGGCAGGCAGCCAGAAGAUCAGGAGCGGUGUGACACUUGCAGCUUCGCUUCAGCGGAAGGAGCCGUGCAUGCCUAGCUGAUAGCAAGAAAGUGAUGGGAGCACAAAUGCCGCGGCCACUGAGGCGCUAAAAGUGGCGUGCGAGGGAAAUAAAAACGCGCGCUGUUGAUGGCUCAACGGACGGGCAAGAUUGCAUGUCGAGUGUGCGUGGGGGAG